AUGCUCAUUUGGAAAUCCGAAUGUACGCCGUAUUACAAACAGCAGCUAGAGCUCAAUGGUAUCUAUGCUUUGCGAACAAAAGAUGACGAUUUGGAAAGACAUGAAAGGAACAACCAGCAAGAGGUCACCGAUCUUGAAAAGAAGAUCAACGAGAUGACUGAAAAGCUCACUUUACUAGAGAAUGAACUGGCUGAAAAACAAACACCACCGAAGAAGUAUACCGAUUACGUGAAGAAAUGCGAGCCGCUGAAAGACCUCUGCUUAUGGUGGGACCGCUCAGAGCUGAGCGUCACGAUGAUACACCUGAAGAACCGACUCCCGAACAACAAAAGCAAACGCCUCGGCAUGUGUCUUUUACGGCAGAUCAAGGAUACGAAUGGAAAUGAUAACCCUGAGAUUGCUAUGACGCCACUUACGAUUGCUGGAGGAGAUGGCAAAGGUUUUGCAAACUGUGUGAAUAGGAUUGUCAAGGAUCUUAUGCUGAAAGUGGAUCGGCUCGAAGGCAUCCUCACAGGGCUACGCGUGCAGUCUGUUAAGCGUUGA